CCGCCAUGGAAGAUGUAUAGAAUAAUAUCCACGCCGGCGUCUAAGUUCCGCCAAUUCCGGCGACUCCGGUCGAGACCCACAACCGCGGCGACCGACGAGGAACAGGCUCACCACAUCCUAUGGAGAUAUCAGAUCCUGGACCCAGACAGCGACAUCGUAGCAUAUUGGAACAAGGUAUUCCUUGUGACAAGCCUCCUCGCACUCUUCGUCGAUCCUCUCUACUUCUUCCUCCCAACCGUUGGUGGACCCGCUUGCUUGACGGCAGACCCCAAACUCAGCAUCUUGGUUACCCUCAUUCGCUCCUUCGCCGACCUUUUCUAUGUCCUCCACAUGGUUAUGAAGUUCCGUACCGCAUUUGUCGCCCCCAAUUCUAGAAUCUUCGGUCGCGGUGAGCUCGUCAUGGAUGGGCGCGAGAUCGCAAUACGCUACUUGAAGAGUGAUUUUGUCAUUGACCUUGCUGCUACCAUCCCACUCCCUCAGAUUGUGAUUUGGUUAGUUAUUCCAGCGAGUAGAAACGCAAGAACUGAUCAUGCCAACAACACUCUUGCACUUUUUGUUCUUAUUCAGUAUGUUCCUAGGCUUUUUCUUAUCUUUCCUUUGAACCAGCGUAUUCAGAAAACAACUGGCGUUAUUGCCAAGACUCCCUGGAUUGGAGCUGCUUACAAUCUUGUUCUCUACAUGCUAGCUAGCCAUAUUACAGGAGCAACUUGGUAUCUAUCGUCAAUAGGGAGACAAUUUAAUUGCUGGAAAACACAGUGCGAACAGGAAAACAGAUCACAUACCCUGUCUUGCUUACCUAGUUUUCUUGAUUGUAAUAGUUUGGACCUCCCUGAAAGGCAAUUUUGGCUAAAUAUCACCCGUGUUAUUAGCAAAUGCGAUGCAAAGAGCAAGAUCAAUAUCAAAUAUAAGUUUGGGAUGUUUGCUGAUGCUUUCCUAAAUGAUGUUGUCACUUCCAAUUUUAAGGAAAGAUACUUCUAUUGUCUUUGGUGGGGUUUAAGAAAUUUAAGCUCAUAUGGACAGAAUUUGGACACCACCACAUACCUUCUGGAGACACUUUUUUGCAUCGUUUUAUGCAUUGCUGGAUUAAUUCUGUUUUCACUUUUGAUUGGAAACAUGCAGACGUACUUGCAAUCGAUGUCAGUUAGACUUGAAGAAUGGAGGAUUCGGAAAAAAGAUACAGAGGAGUGGAUGAGGCAUCGCCAGUUACCUCAAGAUCUGCAGGAACGUGUCCGUCGCUUUGUUCAAUAUAAAUGGCUUGCAACAAGAGGAGUUAAUGAAGAGGCCAUACUGCUUUCUUUACCUUUGGAUCUUCGUCGUGAAAUUCAACAUCACUUGUGUCUUUCUCUUGUGCGGCGUGUCCCCUUCUUCUCACAAAUGGACGAUCAGCUACUUGAUGCCAUUUGUGAACGACUUGUGUCAUCAUUAAACACUGAAGGGACCUACAUAUUUCGAGAGGGUGAUCCAGUAGAUGAAAUGCUGUUUAUCAUUAGAGGGCAAUUAGAGAGCUCCACAACCAAUGGAGGAAGGUCUGGAUUCUUCAAUUCCAUCACACUCAGGCCUGGUGACUUUUGUGGAGAGGAAUUGUUGACAUGGGCCUUAAUGCCAAACUCAACCCUCAACCUACCUUCUUCUACUCGUUCUGUCAAAGCUCUUACUGAAGUUGAAGCUUUUGCACUAGAAGCAGAGGAUCUGAAAUUUGUGGCAAGUCAGUUCAAGCGCCUUCACAGCAUGAAACUUCAGCAUGCGUUUAGGUAUUAUUCCCAUCAAUGGAGGACAUGGAGUGCUUGCUUCAUACAAACUGCUUGGAGAAGGCAUCAGAAAAGGAAAGCAACAAGGGAGUUGUCCCUCAAAGAGGGCCUCUACUACAUGGCUAUGCCUGAAAGCGAGAGUGAUAGUUACAUUGUAAGCGAGAUCGAGGGAUCGUCAGGGAAUAUGAAAAAGGUUCAAAAUAUUGGUGCAACUGUUUUGGCCUCAAAAUUUGCUGCCAAUACGAGGAAAGGGAACAAUAAGAUUCACGGCAGUGAUCCUGUGCCGCAAUUGUUCAAGCCAGAUGAACCUGAUUUCUCUUUAGACCAUGAGGAAGUUUAG